AUGUCUGACGGAUUUGCUGGCUGGAAAGCCUACUUCUACGACCCGUCCAUGGCGGCGGCGGCCAUCUUCAUUGUUCUCUAUGGAAUCGUGACAGGCAUGCAUACAUAUCACAUGUUCCGAACAAGGACGUGGUUUUUCAUUCCUUUGGUGCUCGGAGGAUACUUCGAGUUCAUUGGGUACAUAGGUCGAGCGAUAUCGUCUUCCCAAACGCCAGACUGGACACUUGGUCCAUACAUCAUGCAGAGUGUCUUGCUGCUAGUUGCGCCAGCGCUCUUUGCCGCAAGUAUCUACAUGUACCUGGGUCGCAUCAUCGUGUUGGUGCGGGGCGAAAAGUUCUCCCUCAUUCGCGUCGGCUGGAUGACCAAGAUCUUCGUCGCGGGCGACGUUCUCAGCUUCUUGAUGCAGGCAUCAGGCGCGGGUCUCCUCGUAACAGACUCGCAACAGACGGGAGAGAAUGUCAUUGUCGGCGGUCUUUUCGUGCAAAUCGCCUUCUUCGGCUUCUUCGUGAUCUGCUCAUUCAUAUUCCAACGGCGAAUCAGCAGCAACGCCACCGCGCUUGAAAACGCCAGCACGACGCCAUGGCUGAAACACUUGUACGCCCUGUACGGCUCAAGCAUCCUAAUCCUAAUUCGAUCCAUCUUCCGUGUUAUCGAAUACCUGCAAGGCUGGGAUGGUUACCUCCUGAGAAACGAGGCAUUUAUAUACGUGUUUGACGCAUUGUUGAUGUGGCUGGUGAUGUUGAUCUUCGUCGUCAUCCACCCGAGUGAGGUGAAUUGUCUUCUGGGCCGGGGGCGUGUCAUGACAACCAAGGGAGGGCUGAGUAUCAGCGAAAUUGCCGUGUAA